AUGAUAAAACUCAUUGGGUUAAUUGUUUUGUUUUUACAUCUGAUUGGGCAUAAUCACUGUAGAUUAAAUUUAAGAAAUAAUCUAAGCAACUACUAUGAUCAAAUAAACGAAAGUAGCAAUAAUACGAGAGAGAACAGUUUCCAGAUAAAGUUACCAAUAAUUAAUUUUCCAUCUGAGAAUAAUAUAGAUUAUAAUGAUAAAAAAAAUGAUAGAAAGCAAGAACAUACGAUUCUAAUGAAUAAUGAUAAAUUAGAAGCCCCGUCUUAUUCAUUUAUACCAUCAUUAUUAAAUUCUAUUUAUUUGUUUUCGUCUAUAUGUUUUAUACUAUGUUUAACUGGAUUAAAUGAUCAUAAAACAUCAAAGCGAGGAAAUGUAUUAGGGUUUAUUGGUGUAUUAUCUGCAAUAAUAGUAACAUUUAGUCAAGUUGGAUUUGGAUUUAGAUAUGAAUUAUUUUUUUUGAUAGUUACUCUAGCUACAUUAAUAGGGCUAUAUAUUGCACAUAAUGUUAGUAUGGUUCAUUUGCCUCAGCUAGUUGCAUUGUUUCAUAGUUUUGUUGGGUUAGCUGCUUUACUAGUUGGAUUUUCAAAAUUUCAUUCAGAAUAUUUUGAGAAUUAUGAAAUGAACAAAAUAUAUUUAAUGGAGAUAUAUUUAGGAACAUUUAUUGGCGCAAUUACAUUUAUUGGUUCAUUAGUUGCAUCUGGGAAGUUAAGUGGAAUAAUUGAUAGCAAGUCAUUACAAUUAAAAAUUAAAAAGUUGAUAAAUAUUGUUAAUAUUGUUAUUAUUAUAAUAUUGGGAUAUUAUUUUAUAAAUAUCAAAACAUUUUAUUUAAAAACUAUUUGCUUAUAUAUUUCAUUAUUUGUAGACUUAUUUCUUGGUUUCCAUUUAGUAGCAUCUGUAGGUGCAGCAGACAUGCCUGUUCUUAUAAGUGUAUUAAAUUCAUAUUCUGGUUUUUCUACAGUAAUAAGUGGUUUUUUAUUACAUAAUAAUCUGUUAAUAAUAUCAGGAUCAUUAAUUGGUUCAUCUGGAGCAAUCUUAUCUUAUAUUAUGUGUGUAGGAAUGAAUAGAGAUAUAUUUAAUAUUAUAUUAGGUGGAUGGGAUAAUUAUGAGAUAAACUAUGAUCAAAAAGAAGGAGAUAUAGACAAUGAAUUUAUUGAAAAUAAGGAUGAUCACGACGAAAAAAAAAAAAAUAAAUUAGUGAAUUCAACAACACAUAAAUAUGUUGCUGAAAGUUUGAUUAAUGCUAAAAACAUAGUUAUUGUACCAGGAUAUGGCGCAGCUAUAAGUAAAUGCCAAAGAGAAUUAGCCCAAAUAUAUACUAUUUUAAAAUCAAGAAAUAUCCAAGUAAAUUUUGGUAUACAUCCAGUUGCCGGAAGAAUGCCAGGACAUUUGAAUGUACUUUUAGCAGAGGCUAAUAUACCAUAUAAUGUUGUUAAAGAGAUGAAUGAAAUAAAUUCAAAAAUAUCAAAUGUUGAUUUAGUUUUAGUUGUUGGAGCUAAUGAUAUUAUCAAUCCAUCUUCCUUAGAUCCUAAAAGUAAAAUAUAUGGAAUGCCAGUGAUUGAAGUUUGGAAAUCUAAAAAAGUUAUUGUACUAAAAAGAAGUUUAAGUACAGGAUAUUCAUCUAUUGACAAUCCAUUGUUUUAUUUUUCAAACACACAUAUGCUUUUUGGAGACGCUAAGCAUUCAACUAAUCAAAUUUUGACGAUCCUAAAUGAUUAUAUGGGUUAUGGGCAGUCUGAUUUUUCUAUGAUCAAAGAUUCUAUAAUAAAUGAAGAUAAGAAAGAGACAAGUUCUUUGUAUUCCAUUUCGGAUAACAACGAAAAUAAUUAUGAUUUUGAAAUAUUAAUGGAAGAAGAAUAUCCAAAACCUAGAAAAAUAAUAGGAUUGGUAAAGGAUGAAAAUGAUGAUUUAUAUGUAAGCAGAGACAUAUUGGAUGAAAACCAAACACAGUCAAAUGAUAUAGAUAGCAAAAUACAGAAAUCAGAAGUUAAUCUAUCAAUGGUUCCUAUUAUUCCACAUUUCAUUCCCAAGCUAAGAAAAUUAGGUUUUAGAAUAUUGGCCGAAAAAAACAUAGGAGAAAAAAUACAAAUACAAGAUGAGGAAUAUAUUAAAUACGGUGCUGAAAUUGUUUCCCGUGAAUCCAUUUUUUCCAAAAGUAAUAUUAUAUUAAAAGUCGAUCCACCAAGUGAGAAAUUUAUAAAUAAAAUAGAAAGCAACACUACAUUAAUUAGUUAUUUAUGGCCAAGUAUUAAUCAAGACCUUUUAAAAACAGCCAUAGAAGAUCAUGAAGAUAAUAACACGAAAAAGAGUAAUAUUACAUAUAUAGCUAUUGACGAAGUUCCUAGAUUUACUAAGGCACAAAAAUUAGAUGUUAGAAGUUCUAUGAGUAAUUUACAAGGGUAUCGAGCUGUUGUAGAGGCAUUUUUUACCUUGCCACGAUUUAGUAAAUAUUCUAUUACCGCAGCAGGGAAAAUUAAUCCUGCACGAGUUUUUGUUAUUGGAGCGGGAGUAGCAGGGUUACAAUCAAUUAUAACUGCAAAAAGCAUGGGUUCUAUUGUAUAUGCAUAUGAUCCUAGAUAUACAGCGGAAGAAGAAGUAAAAAGUUGUGGUGGUAUAUUUAUAAAAAAUCCAAUAAAAACAUAUGAAGAGAAUAAUGUACAAGACGAAGAAUUUAUAAGAAUGCAAAAUAUAUUGUUUAAUAAAAUUAUUAAAAAAUGUGAUGUUUUAAUUUGUUCGGCUUCAAUACUUGGAAAAACAUCACCAAAAUUGGUAUCUACAGAAAUGAUCAAAUUAAUGAAGAGGGGUAGUGUAGCUGUUGAUUUAUCUACUGAAUUUGGUGACAAAGAAAAUAAUUGGGGAGGAAAUAUUGAAUGCUCUGUGUCUAACAAAAAUGUUAUUAUAAAUGGAGUUCAUGUGUUAGGAAGAGAUAAAAUCGAAAGAAAUAUGCCAUUACAAGCAUCGGAAUUAUUUUCUAUGAAUAUGAUAAAUUUAUUAGAAGAAAUGGGAGGAGGAUUGCAAUUUAAUGUAGAUAUGAAUAAUGAUAUUAUAAAAGAGUUAGUUGUUGUAAAAGAUGGUAAUAUAUUAUACUCACCUAAUAAAAUUGUUGAAGAUUUAACUAAGAGUGAUAGUGUAUUUAUAAAAGAAAUAAAAGAAGAUAUUGAAUCUUAUUCAAAAAAUACAAUUAUAUAUCCUACUGGCACACGCUUAAUUGAAACUUUUAUCGAAUCCGAUUUUUACUUUUAUAUAUCUCUUCUUUUUGUAAUCCUCUUUACUUUUCUAAUUGGAACAAUGUUUUCACAGUCAGAUUUCCAUCAUUUAUUUUUGCUUGUUUUGUCUAUUAUUGUUGGUUAUUUCUCUGUAUGGUCAAUAACGCCAUCUCUCCACACACCUUUGAUGUCUGUCACAAAUGCGCUAUCUGGAGUUAUAAUAAUAGGAAGCAUGAUUGAAUAUGGAAACGGAUUUAAAAGCUUAAGCUCAAUUUUAUCAAUGAUUGCUACAUUUUUAUCUGCUGUGAAUUUAUCAGGAGGAUUUUAUGUCACAAAAAGAAUGCUUGAUAUGUUUGUAAAAUAA